AUGUACCGAAUACUCAUGCACUUCCAACAGGGCCCGCGGCAGGGCGGCGAGGGAGCUGGGGUCCGUGCCUGCCGGACUCAGCCAGGAAUCCAGCUCUGGCUGUUGUAUGGCAUGAUACUGACCUGCCGAAGAUUUCUUGCAACCUACAAUAGUCUUACAGACAAACACCUGGUUGGAUAUUUCAGCAAUACCAGGAUAAGACGACAUCUUCAGAGAUCAGGACUGAUCUCAAGGAGUGGACGAAUAAUAUCUGAGAAAGAAUACCGGCUAAAUGCUAUGAGGAGGGAUCACCAAAGAUACGUACAGGAGUGCCUGGCUCGGGCUAUAUUUCAUAAGGUCCUUGACAUGGAGCGUCAUCAUCAGCUGGAAAUAAAAAGGAAACUUGAAAAUUCUGUGAGGAAGGACAGGGUGCAGAAAAUCAAGGUGGAACAAUCCAGAAGAUCGGUGGAAGGUGCUAGCCCUAUGCGCUCCCCACAUCCACCACUUGGCCCAAGAAAUCAUUAUGGGCUCCAUCCUUUAGUGGCUGGAGAACCAGCUGGUCACUCACAACUGACUUCCUGGCGACCAAAUACAGCUCCAGGAAAUAUGCAACACCCACUUCGCCUCCAACCACUUCACAGCUGUGCUGCGAUAGGGUCUGUACCAAAGACUUCAAGCUCUAAACAAAAGUGCUACACACUUGAAAAUGAUCAGCAGUUUGCCAGUGGGGGGGAGAAGAGUGGGUUAAGACUUAUGAAUUCAGUGGAGUAUGUGACUGGUAUAUCCCCAUAUCAACUCCCCGUCAUUAACAAUUAUGUGAUACCAGUGCCACCUCCCCCCCUGCAAAAAGGAGACAAGAGCAUAAAUGCCGUGAGAAAUGGGAUGCCCAGAGGCAGACGAUUUCAUCCCACCACUGCACCAAAUGGCUUAGAGCAACUUUUAAUAAAGAAUUCUGGAGGAUUCCCUAAGCCCUCAUUACGCAGCAAUGCAUUUGUUACCAUGGUCUUUCUAGGAAAAAGUGUGCAUUUAUCUCAUGAUGACGCUGAUUACAGAGAUGAAAUCAAAGUCUAUCAGCAGCAUUGUGGAGGAGAAAACCUUUGUGUCUACAAAGGCAAGCUAUUGGAAGGAGAGACCUUUCAGUUCGUCUCAAAGAGGCACCAUGGUUUCCCAUUCAGCCUCACCUUUUUUCUCAAUGGGAUGCAAGUGGACAGGAUGAGCUGUUGCUGUGAGUACAAACAUCAGAAGCGUUCCAGGCUGGGAGGCAGACAUGGAUACUUCGGGUUUCUCAAUGUGGAGGGAGCAUCUCCUUGCUACAGGUGUAUUAUUGCAAUGGGUCUGGACAAAAAGCCAUCCCCUCCCAAAAGAAAGAUGGAGGACCAUGAGGAAAACCAUGUGGGUUCCUGGAGAGAUGGAGUGCGCAGUGAGCCAAGUAAAAGCAGUGUUGAGCAGAAAUCAAGCAAAGAUUCAGUGUUAGUCAUCUUACCAGGUCAUGAAGUAAGUGUAGAAACUAUUGAGGACAAAAUGGAGACCGCACAGGAGUACAGAAAAGAAGAAAGGAAACAACUAUCUGAUCGUGAGAGUGAAGAUAGUCAGGAAGACAGCGUUAAAAAUGAGUAUGAUGAAGAUUUUGAAGCAGAUAAAGAAGUUAAUGAAGAGGGACAGACUGGUGAUCAAAUGAAUGGAAUGUCAAAGUCAUCCUCGGAUGAUAAAAAACAUGAUUUAGACUAUGAAAAGGAGAGUAAAAACUCAUCACAGAAAGCACUGCAGGCGUCUGACAGUGAGAAAGAUGAAAGUGAUGGAUAUUCUGACAGUGACUCGGAGGGUGAUAAACAAGAGCUGUGCUGGCUUUUAGAUCUGUUACCUACAGUUCAGCUCUUGAAUUUGUCUUUUGGCUCAGGAGACAAUGAACUUCAUCUCCAGUUCAACUUGAAUGGUUUACACAUGAUUUUGGAGAUCUUUAUCAUAUUCAUCGAGAUAACAGGAGUGCACUAA